CCCUUGGCAGGAAGACCAUCUCUCAACACUUCUGGAAUAGGAGAUACAGGAGGCUUUGGAGGAAACAGCUUUAGUGGGAACAAUUUUAUGCCAGCCAAUGGCCUCACUGUAACCCAGAACCAGGUACUGAAUUUGAUUAAAGCUUGCCCAAGGCCAGAAGGCAUGAAUUUUCAGGAUCUCAAGGCUCAGCUGCACAACUUGAAUGUGUCUGUAAUCAAGCAAGCUGUUGAUUUUCUCAGCAACGAAGGUCACAUCUAUUCCACUGUGGACGACGACCACUUCAAAUC